GGGUGGUUGGAGAAAGAUUGGAUGAACAUUUUAAAAUUCCUUUCCUUGAUUUAUGAGAGGGAGUCCAUACACCCAAGAAAAACAAAAGAGAAAACGAAACUUUAUUUUAGACCCAAAAAAAAAAAAAAAAAUCUUCAAAGAACCACGUCGUUUUGGAGGCAGCAGGUGAGCGAUCAACUCAUCAAAGUCUACAAUGUUGGGCUCUAAUUCGUGUACGUUUGUGUAUGUAAUGUAGGAACUGGGCAGAAGAAGAACGCGAAAUGAAUGGCUCAAACUCUCGGCCUUCCUCAGCUUACGGUGUCUCUCCCCAAACCCAAUUCGCAAAAUCGACUUUUAGCUCGAAAGAUCAUCAGGCAAUGGAAGAAGAAAGGUCUUGGCUCUGAUGGGAAACACAAAGUUGUAAACUUUGUUCCACUGGUUCACAGCUUGAGCACCCAAAAAUUGUUUGCUGUAGCCGACGAUGUCUUGCUUGAGUUACAGUCUCAGGGCUUUCUUUCUGGCCAUUCAACCUUAUCUACCCUAAUGCUCUGCUUUGCUGAUAAUGGGUUUUUCCCCCAAGCCCAGUCACUUUGGGAUCAAAUGCUUUAUAGCUCUUCUCCUCCUGAUAUUCAUACCCUAUCCAAACUCUUCCAUUUUUAUGCCAAGACUGGCCAUUUUGGUAAAAUAUGCGAAAUUCUAGCUCAGCUGAAUUCCACAAGCUUACACCUUUUACCUGAGGCUUAUUCUCUGGCUGUCUCUUGCUUUGGGAAUUGGGGCCAGCUUGAGUUGAUGGAAAGCACAGUUGAAGAAAUGGUUUCGAAGGGUUUCUCCGUUGACUCUGCUACUUCCAAUGCCUUUGUGCGGUACUACAGCAUGUAUGGUUCCCUGAGGGAGAUGGAGACUGCUUAUGGGCGGCUCAAGAGUUCCAGGCAUUUAAUAGACAAAGAUGGGAUCAGAGCAAUGUCACUUGCCUACUUGAAGCAAAGGAAGCUUUACACAUUGGGUGAGUUCCUGAGGGAUGUGGGUCUUGCUAGAACAAAUGUUGGAAACCUUUUGUGGAACCUUUUGUUGUUGUCUUAUGCUGCCAACUUCAAGAUGAAAAGCCUACAGAGAGAAUUCCUGAGAAUGAUGGAAUCUGGGUUCCGUCCGGAUCUUACUACCUUCAAUGUUCGAGCUCUGGCCUUUUCGAGAAUGUCUUUGUUGUGGGAUCUCCAUCUUAGCCUGGAACACAUGAAUCACGAAAAAGUUGUUCCUGAUCUUGUUACCUAUGGCUGUGUUGUGGAUGCAUAUUUGGAUAAAAGACUUGGAAGAAAUUUGGACUUUGCUCUCAAUAAAAUGAAUUUGGAUGCCUCUCCCGUACUACUCACCGAUCCAUUUGUGUUUGAAGUUUUGGGUAAGGGAGAUUUCCACUCAAGUUCAGAGGCAUUUUUGGAGUAUAAGAGGCAGAAGGUGUGGACUUACAGGAAACUGAUUGCAGUCUAUGUGAAAAAGCAAUAUCGGAGGAAUCAGAUAUUUUGGAAUUACUGACAAUUGGCCUGAUGUUUGUUUAUAGAAAUUUUGGAACAAUUAAUGGAAAAGAAACUUCUUUAUAGUUGUCAAUGCAGCAUGAGUGUAUAUAUAUCCUGUAUAGUAAUGUUUUAGUUUCCAGGAAGAUGUUUCUAUUGCUCUUCA